AUGGAUAGUCGAGAUCGUAUUGAUUUGUCAAAUUAUGAUAGAUUUAGUGUAGAGUACUUGAAUGGGAUAGAAAAUUUUCUAGAAUAUGCAUUUCGAGAGGGUGGAGAUGGUGGAAAAGUUCGUUGUCCUUGUAAGAAAUGUGUGUUGAAUAAGCUAAAAGUUCGUGGAGAGAUAUAUGAUGAUUUAGUUGUCAAUGGAAUUAUGAGUGGAUAUAGCACAUGGUUUUCUCACGGUGAAUUUUUAUCGAAUCAGUCAACUUCUCAACCUAUCCCUAAUGUGCAACAUGAUUCACCCAAUAAUGAUAUGACCCAGUUAGUGCAGGAGGCAUUAGGAAUAUUACAACAAACUACGAGAAUGGAUGUAGAUGAAAAUGAUGAAGAAGACGUAAACAUGUUUGAUGACUAUGUUGAAGCAAAUACUCAAGAUUCUAAUCCCAAUGUUCAAAAGUUUGAUCAAUUGUUGAAAGAUGCUAAUGAAGAAUUGUGGCCUGGGUGUAAAACAUUUAGCAAAUUAUCUUUCAUUUUGAAUGUUUAUAAUGUGAAAUGUCAACAUGGAUGGUCCAAUCAAUCAUUUGAUACACUGAUGAAAAUUUUGAAGGAUGCAUUCCCGGAUAGUAACACAUUUCCAAGUUCAUACAAAGAAACAAAGAAGAUUGUGGAUAACUUGGGUCUUAAGUAUGAAAAAAUCGAUGCGUGUCCAAAUAAUUGUAUGUUAUUUUGGAAAGAACACAAAGACACCAAGGUGGAGAAUUGCUUGAAAUGUGGAACUUCUCGAUGGAAAAAUAACGAAGCAAGCAACUUAACAGAAUCUUCGAAAUCUAGUGGAGUGAAGAAGAAAAAAGUCGCUGCUAAAAUAUUGAGGCACUUUCCUUUGAUACCCAGAUUACAACGUCUCUUUGUGUCAUCAAAGACCUCAAACUUGAUGGUGUGGCAUGAUAAGGAACGCAUUAAAGAUGGAAUAAUGCGACACCCAGCUGACUCAAAAGCAUGGAAAUCUUUUGAUUCUCUUUAUCCAGAUUUUGCUAAAGAUUCUCGUAAUGUAAGGUUGGGACUCGCAGCUGAUGGGUUUAAUCCAUUUAGAACAAUGAGGGUAAAUCAUAGUACAUGGCCUGUGAUCUUGAUGCCUUAUAAUUUGCCUCCUUGGUUGUGCAUGAAGGAAGCUUAUAUGAUGUUGUCAUUGCUUAUUCCCGGUCCAUCUGGACCGGGAAAUGACAUUGAUGUUUAUUUACAACCUCUUAUUGAAGAGUUGAAACAACUUUGGGAGUUUGGUGUGGAGAGUUUUGAUGCUUCAAAGAAAGAAAUUUUUAAACUACAUGCAACUUUAAUGUGGACUAUUAAUGAUUUUCCAGCCUAUGGUAAUCUGUCUGGAUGGAGUACUUAUGGAUCUUUUGCAUGUCCUUGUUGUAACAAAGAUACUUGUUCGAAAUAUUUGUUAGAUAGCAAAAAGUUUUGUUAUAUGGGUCAUCGACGUUUUCUAGAUCGAAGUCAUAAUUAUCGAUUUGACUUAAAAUCUUUUGACGGUGAAGAAGAAUUAAGGUCCUCUCCUUCUAUGCUGUGUGGAUCAAAAGUCUUAGAUCAAUUGCAAAAUAUUAAGUUUGAUUAUGGAAAACUUAAUAAGAAAGUUACGGGCGUUUUUGAAAAGACAUGGAAAAAGAAGAGCAUUUUCUUUGAACUUCCAUAUUGGAAGCACAAUUUGUUACGUCACAAUCUUGAUGUUAUGCAUAUUGAAAAGAAUGUUUGUGACAACAUUGUGAAUACUUUAUUAAAAGUUAACAAGAAGUCAAAAGAUAAUGCAAACGCCCGUCUUGAUUUGCAAAAGAUGAAUAUCAGAAAAGAUUUAUGGCUCAAACAACAAGGUCAAGAUAGAUAUUAUGUCCCUCCAGCAUGCUUUACCAUGUCUUCAGAUGAGAUGAACAAGUUUUUAGAAGUAUUAGAGAAUAUCAAACUUCCAGAUGGUUAUGCAUCAAAUAUUUCACGUUGUAUUCGUAGUCAACGCAAGCUUUAUGGACUUAAAAGCCAUGAUUGUCACGUUUUAAUGCAAGAGCUUCUCCCUAUUUCAUUGCGAAAUACUUUGCCAUCGAAAGUGUCUUCAGUAUUGAUAGAGUUGUGCAACUACUUUAAAGCUAUAUGUGCAAAAUCUUUAUCAAAUUCGGAGGUAAAAUCACUUCAAGACAAGGCACCAGUUAUACUAUGUCACUUAGAAAAAAUAUUUCUACCAUCUUUCUUCACGGUUAUGGUGCAUUUGGUCGUCCAUUUAGCAGAUGAGGUCGAACUUGCAGGUCCAGUAUUUUUCAGAUGGAUGUAUCCAAUUGAGAGGUACUUGGGAAAAUUGAAAUCAUAUGUACGCAACCAAGCACGCCCUGAAGGCUCAAUAGCUGAAGCAUAUAUUGCGGACGAGUGUUUAACAUUUUGUGCUCGAUAUCUCGAUGAUAAUAAAAUGAUAGGAGAAAAAUCUGUGAGAAAUCAUGCACAUCAACAAUCAAAUGAGCAAAUAUGUCUAUUUCCUAAUGUGGGACAACAUUAUGGAGCGAUACACGUGAUUACAUUGGAUGAAAUGACGUAUAUACAAGCUCAUCGAUAUGUUCUAUUCAAUUGUGGUAUAAUUGAAGAAUUUCGAAGAGAUCAUCAUACUACAAUCAAAAGAUUACACCGUCAUCGUCGUUUAUCACCACGUGAGAUUGAAAAAAAACAUUGUGAAAGUUUCCAUGAGUGGCUCAAAGAAGAGGUCAACAACUCGUCAUUAUCAUUUAAUGGACGAAUAACUCCAGAAGUUAAAAUUAUUGCUCGAGGUCCACAUCGAAUCGUGAAAAGGUUUAGAGCAUAUGAUGUGAAAAAUGGAUAUAGAUUUCGUACUAAAGAUUCUGAAGUGAAUUUAAGCACUCAAAAUUGUGGAGUGAUGGUUAUUUCAAAAACUAAUAGUUAUGCAAGUACGAGUGAUCGAAGACCAAUCAUUGGUGAUGUAGUCUACUAUGGAAUUUUGACUGAUAUCAUUGAAUUGAACUACUCUGAUGAAUUUAAGAUUGUAUUAUUUAGAUGUGAUUGGGCUGAUGUUGAUCAAAAGACAGGAAUAAAAAAAGAUCUUUUAGGAUUUACAAUGAUCAACUUUUCUAGGUUGAUACACACAGGAAAAUAUCUCACAUAUGAUCCAUUUGUAUUUGCUUCGCAAUGUCAGCAAGUUAUAUAUGUUAAAGAUGUUUCAAAUCCUGGUUGGUUUCUCCCAAGGCAACUAAAAGUUAGAAAUACUUAUGACAUGGGAGAUCAAAGUAUGGUUCACAUUGAAAUUGAGGAGUCUUCACUAAUUAUAGGAGAUGAUGAUGUUGAUUGGGUUAGAGAUGAUAUUGAAGGAGAAACUAUAAAUCAACUAGCUUAA